GGAAAUAAAAUUAAAAAUACAAAAACUUCAAAAACCAAAACCAAAAAAAAAAAAAAUAAAAUAAAGACUCAGGAAGAAGUAUAAGAGGGGCAAAUGUCUCAACAACUUUUGAUGAAAGAAAGGGACAAAAAGAGAAAUAGAAGCCCCUACUGCUACCCUAGCUAAAGCACGAAGUAAAGAUGAAUGAAAAAAAAUGAAAAGGAGAUAAAGACGAUAAGAAAGAAGCUUUACAAAGGGGAAACAUAAAAGGUAAACAAGGAAGAAUAUACGCUGUGAAGAAACGGAGAUAAAACUGAGGGAAAGAAGUAUAUAGAGAUAUCAAGUGGGGAGGAGGAAAAGAUAAAUAUUAAGCAGUCCUGAGAAAAUAAAAAUGAAACAAAAACAAAUAGAAAUGAAAACAAAAAGUAAACACAAACAAAGCAUAAUUUCAUAUUUCUUCCUAUUUUAUAUUUUGUUGCUAUUUUAAAAAGUAUAUAAAUACUAAGUCUCCUCCGCUAUUAUUAGUUGUAUUUUGUCUUGAUUCUUUGUACAUACGACAUUUAAACUCGUCAGAGCAGAGAUCAAAUUUGAUUUGUUAAUUUUCAGUCGCAGACAAACUGAAUACAUAAAAACCAAAUAAAUGGAGACGAAAUAUUUCUUAAAAAGCUUAAUAAUGGAUUAAUUCUUUUGUUGAAGUUUGCUAGACACUGACCACAAUUCGGACAGCUGAAAAGAAAAAGAAAAAGAGAAAAAAGGAAAAGAAGAGAAAAAUUAUAUUCUUCUGAGAUCUUUUUGUCGUAAAAUUAGUUUUGCUAUACCAAGCAAGUAUUCAUUAUAAUUAUCCAAACAUAUUUGGUCACACGUUCACAUAUAAUACACAUUAGCACACUCCAGCACACUAAUUGUACACAAUUUUAUUCAUAUACACUCAUCUAUCUAUCUAUCUAUCUAUCUAUCUAUCUAUCUAUCUAUCUAUCUAUCUAUCUAUCUAUCUAUCUUUUUAUCUUUCUAUCUAUCUAUCUAUUUAGAAGGUACAAAAAGCACGCAUAUGCACAAAAAAUAUACAUAGUAUAACAAAUACAAUAAAUGGAUUUCUGUCUAUGCUGCGCAUCUGUAUGCUUUUAUGCAUGUACAUGUGAAUGUGCGUAGUUAACUAUAUAUACAUUCACACAUCUACAUUUCUAUGCCAAAGACAACAAGCACAACAACAGCAGUAACAAGAGAGACAAUAAUAACAAAAUUUUAAGAUGUAACAAAAAAAAAAAAAAGACUGAACAAAUGUGAAAUCAUUACAAGACAAAACACUGCUCAGAGAAAAAAAAACAGGGUAAAAACGAAGUAAAAACCAAGUAGUUAAACAACAACAACAACGACAGGAAGCUAAACGAAAACAACGCCAUUAACAAGAAUAUUUACGAGAACAACAAAAAUAAACACUAGCACUACUUAUUUUGCCCAUUGUUGGAAUAAUAACACGAUCACAGACAACGCCAAAAACAGGUUGUUAGGAUUGGUUCAAAGAAGUGUUUACACCACUUAUUGCUCUGUUUAGUUAAACAGCCGAGUCAAAAAUCUCCAUGAUGGCGGCAUCUUACCUUCUUUUGUUGACGUCUGCUCUUGCGUUGGUGUCUGGACAAAGAUAUAGCCGAGGAGAAGCUGCGAAGAAGAAAUGUGAGUCCUACGGCAAAAUGUGUCCAUAUAACAAGAUAUGCGUGAUUCAACGCAUAGAAGUUCCACGAAAAAUGUCCAUACCUGUUUGCAUCUUUAAAGUACAGAAACCAGUUAACUCCGAGAUUUGCAAACUUCCUCCUGAUCAUGGAAAAUGUGGGGCACGAUUUGUUCGCUGGUAUUUCAACAGACACUCGCAACAAUGCAGCUGGUUCCAUUAUAGUGGAUGCGCUGGAAAUCGGAACCGCUUCACCACUAAAGAAUCAUGUAAAGAUUUCUGCAUUAGUCAUAACAGUGCUCUCCAAAUGGUACCACAAGAAAUAAGAGCUAAUCCUGUUAACGCUUUUAAUGGCUACAAUGAUGCUGAUGUUUAUUUGAAGAAAUAUAAUGAUAUCGAAUCGGAAUGGAAUGGAGUCGAGGAGAUGGGAAAUGUUACGUCACCGAUGAUGGCGAAAUUAGCAAAUAACCUUGUACUAACUGUUACUACAAAUCCACUUGACACCCUACAACCGUUGAGUUGGUAUAAAAAACGACGCUGCUUGAAAUGGAAACGGCAAAAUAGGCGUCUUUGUACUAAAAGGAAUUGGAAACAUCGAAGUUACAAAAAGCAACGACAAAAUCGUGUCAGUUUUCUUCGGAAAGAGACGAAGCCUUUGUCAGCACCCACAUACGCCCAUUCCCCGAGGCAGGUGAAUUCUUCCCACAGAGGACGGUAUAGGUACUUACCUAACCGUACUAACGGUUACAAACUCUUCUCGAUUCUGCAGAGUCCAUUCCACUUAAAAGUCAAUCACCAUAAAUUGAACCGAAGUAAUACGUAAAAUGCUCUUUGAUAGAAGAAAGAGUGAACAUAAAAAGAAAAAAAAACAGAAAAAAAACUAAAAAAACUGGUAUAGACAUUUUAUAUUCGAAAGCUAUUAAGCAAUGUAAUUCGAUAUGUGUAUAUAUGUAAUAGAAUACUUUUUGUACUUGUAUGUAUACAUACAGAAUAUACUCAUAUACAUCUAUGCGCAUAUAUAUAUAUAUG